CCAAAUUGUGAAGAUAAUUUUGGCAGAUGUCGAAGAGUGGAAAAGGUUGAACGCCAGUGCUGGAGCUACACAUCUAGGGUUUGAAAAAAUAUGCGAUUCUUUCCUUUUGGAGACGGCGCGUUAUGAGUGGAUGAUUGGAAGGAGACAUUAUUCGGCUUCUUCUGCACGCAUAUUUGCUUCAAUUUCAAAUGUCCAUAUUCAUUGCUAUGCUCCAUGGUAUAUGAUAUUAAACCAGCUGCACUCUUCACCUGCCAGAAGUUCGAUGACGCCAACAGAGGAGGACGUCCUUUGUACGACUCUCGACGACUGCACACUUUCUCCAAAUUCCUCAGACGCAGCUGUUUUUGAGCUCAUAGAUUGUUCAGUCUUGCCAAGCAAGGAGGAUGAGUGGAAGCAUUCAUCGAAUGCAAUUGAGAGGCCUGUGGGAGAUGGGGGGCAUGUGCAGAGGGCGUGGGAGUACUGGAGGAAUUUGGGAGAGCCCAAAUUCAUAGUUGCGCCUAUGGUGGACCAAUCUGAGCUGCCUUUCAGAAUGCUUUGUAGGAAGUAUGGAGCUACAGCUGCUUACACUCCUAUGCUACAUUCCCGUCUCUUUGCCGAAGAUCCAAAAUACCGAAGAAUCGAGUUCACUACUUGUAAGGAAGAUCGCCCUUUGUUUGUGCAGUUUUGUGCAAAUGACCCUGAAAGAUUGUUGGCUGCAGCUCAGGUUGUUCAACCUUUUUGUGAUUACGUUGAUAUCAAUUUGGGGUGCCCACAACGUAUUGCCAAACGAGGUAAUUAUGGAGCUUUCUUGAUGGACAACUUGCCUAUUGUGAAAUCGUUGGUUGAAAAUCUAGCAUCUAAUCUAUCUGUGCCGGUAUCUUGUAAGAUUCGGAUAUUUCCGUUGCUUGAGGACACCAUAGCUUAUGCAAAGAUGCUUGAGGCUGCAGGGUGCUCUCUCCUUGCUGUGCAUGGAAGAACCAGGGAUCAAAAAGAUGGAAGUAACAGAGCAGACUGGGCUACCAUUAAGGCUGUUAAGAAGGCACUUAAGAUUCCUGUAUUGGCUAAUGGAAAUAUAAGACAUUUGCAAGAUGUUUAUGACUGUUUAAGAGAGACUGGAGCAGAUGGAAUUUUAUCAGCUGAGUCCAUCCUUGGAAACCCUGCACUUUUUGCAGGGUAUCAGCUGAUAACAGAACAGUCUGAUAAUGUAAUCUCCCAAUCAGGAGUGUUGGAGAAAUAUGAGAAACUGAAGCAUUCUGAGCAUGGAUUUGAAAAAGCAUUGGAUCAGGCCACUUUGCUCUUGGAAUAUUUUGAUCUUUGUGAAACAUAUCCAGUUCCCUGGCGUAUGAUUCGAGCCCAUGUGCACCGGAUGUUAGGUGAUUGGUUCAGGAUUCAUCCAGACAUACGCGAGGAACUCAACAAGCAAUCUAAGCUAACAUUCGAAUGGCUUCGAGACAUGGUAGAUCGUCUUGUCAAACGUGACAUCAAACUUGUACUUCGCCAGGCAAUUCCUGAUGAGCUGGUGCACAAGAGUCUUCCCAAAGAGUCUUUGUAACUCUCACAAUCCAUAUGUUUCCAAUUUAAAUGCUUUAAACACUGCCACAAAUCAAAUCUUGCAAAGAAUGGAGGAAAUCAGUUUUGUUAAUGUAUCCUAAGCACUGAUGUUUAUUAAUUCAUAUUUAUUGGUUCUUUUUGAACUUGGCCUCAUCACAUGGGCAUAUAAAAGUAUUCUGAGAGUUCUUAUACCAUCAUUGCCAGAUUAAAAGCUCACUUAUGUUGACAACUUUCAUAAGUGACGGGAUUUAUCUCUAGGUCAACAGGAACAGUCCUCUUCUGUUAUUUGCAUGUACAAUGUAGCUAUCUGAUGCAGACAAUUUAAGCACACAGCAAAAGAAUUUCAGUGGCAUCUGACAGAGGUUCCUGGAUUUGGUGUGGUCUUGUCAGAUUGAUUCUUGGUUAAGCAUAUAAAAAUUAUCUUCAAAUAUCAAUGAAACCUUGAACUUUUAAAAAAUGUCCCUUUUUGCAUAUUAUGAUUUGAGAUUGCUGAAAGGUUUACAAAUUGUACCCUCAAAGUUUUGAACCAAUGCAAAUGCAGUUAGAAUUUUAAUUUUUAAGCUA